UCAAAUUGAUGACGUCGUGGGUUCCACGUUGGCCCGGACGUGGCAGUCGACUCCUCUGAAGUCAAAAUAACAGCAUCAGUGUCAAAUUCACAGCCUUUACUUUAGCUGAAUCCGUGUCUGCGAUUUAUAUACAUUUCUACAAACCCUAACCCAGGUAUGGGGCUUACCAUCUCGUCGCUCUUCGGCCGGCUUUUCGGCAAGAAGCAGAUGCGGAUCCUGAUGGUUGGGCUGGAUGCUGCUGGAAAAACUACUAUCUUGUACAAACUGAAGCUGGGGGAAGUUGUAACCACCAUCCCAACCAUUGGUUUCAAUGUGGAGACAGUAGAGUAUAAGAACAUCUGCUUCACUGUAUGGGACGUGGGCGGCCAGGACAAGAUCAGACCUCUCUGGAGACAUUACUUCCAAAACACACAGGGCCUCAUCUUCGUAGUGGACAGUAAUGAUAAAGAAAGAGUUGCUGAGUCUGCAGAAGAGCUCUCUAAGAUGCUGCAGGAGGAUGAGUUGAGAGAUGCCGUUUUGCUGGUGUUCGCCAACAAGCAGGACCUUCCCAAUGCCUUAUCGGUCAGCGAACUCACAGACCUGCUCGGACUUGGACAGAAGCUUCGCAACAGAACUUGGUAUGUUCAGGCGACCUGUGCCACGCAGGGCACCGGGCUGUAUGAAGGACUUGACUGGCUAUCCAAUGAGCUGGCCAAGCACUAGUGAUGGAUUGGCUGGACAGAUGAGCCUGAGAGAGAGACAGAAUACCACAGGACAGCAGAGAGGACCAAGACACUCAAUCAAAACGUUGGUCUUCAGGCACCUGUGCUCACAAAAAGGACAAGGCUGGUGGACAAUGCAAUCAUCAUUGGAACAUCUUAAUAUCCUUAUCUCAUAUUUUUCCUUUUACUGUUAUUGUUAUCCCUUCACAUAGUCUCUAUUUUUCUCCUUUUGCUCCCAACCUCUGGAUACAAGUUGCAUGAUGAGCAGAUGAGCUGAAAUGUCAUGGAAACAGUGAAGAGAAUUAUGGGAGUUGUAUUUCUCUUAACACCUGGGCUCCUUUUUAGGCAGGGUUCACAGAACAUGCCUACAACCACUUGUAUAAUGAUGGAUGUUUUCAUACUCAUGGUCAAGGCUAGGGUUGGGGAUUUGAUAAUGUAACCUUAGAGCUUUGAUUAAGGACAACUUGUAGGCUACCUCAAGCUGUUCAACUCAUGUACCCCCCGCGGAUAUGUGACUCCCUCGCAGAUCUGACCUUUUGCUCUUCAUCACUAUGUCCUUGUUCUGAUGCCAACUCAUUUUUGUAAAGGCAUAGCCCGUAGAAUGAGGUGGAGAAGGAUUGCAGUGAUUGUACAAAUGCGUUGUUUUGGUAGUGCAGAACCUUGUGGACCUCUCAGCAAAUGGAACCAAAAAGGAACAUUGUGGCUUCUGGCCUCUCUGUACACAAAUCUGUGGAAUCCCUUCUUCUCUCAUUCUUAGGUCAUACUCCCUUGUAAAUUGCUUUAGUAAUACUUUUUUUCCCCCCAAUUCCUUUUUAAAGACAAAAUUAUGCAAUAAAAAGACACUUCCUCCUCUGCUGCGAUGUACGCUGUGGUGUAUUGAAACCACUGUGAGUUUUAGUGUAGACUCCUCCGCUGUAACUGACUACACCCUCGAUCAGGAUGGUAUCCUGUUUGAAAACUUGUGAUUUGCUUCUCACCCUUCUUCCUUUUUUAAGUUAUCACCAUGAAAGAACGCCUAUUCAUACUCAUAGAAAAUCAGUAAUGCCUCGAGGAAGAAGGGAAGCGCCUUUUUGUUAUUGGCACAUGGCCAAUGUCAGUGGGAUAUAAGUGACUUGUUUUUUUUUGUUUUUCUUAUAAUGCUUAUUGCUGAGUUCUAGCACCUAUCUGACGGCUGAUGUUAUAUGCUUAAUUAAUCAACCCUUCCCUCUGCCCCACCCCGCCCCAACACACAAACAUGCCUGCCCUCUAACUUAGCUGGGCAUACAUUCCAACCUGCGCUUUUGGAUGCUGCAUGGAGCUGCCACUCUUAAAAAUGAUGCGCUAACAAUGUUUUACAAAAAAUGUCUGAAUAAAGUCACUGUUGAAAAAA